AUGAAAAUAUCGACUUUCCUUAGAUGGAUUGUGACAAUUUAUGGUUUAGCUAUAACUGCUUUUGGUUAUUAUUUUCUAAUUAAACAAAAAUGGCAAUUAGAACAAAAUUAUGCAGAUGGCAAUCGGCUUAUUUUCCGGAGGAUAAAUAUUAACAUAUCAAAAAAGCGAACAAGUGAUUUGGAUAAAACAAGAUACAAAAUCGACUGGCACGAUUACCAAAAAAUCUUAUUGGAUUCCUAUAGGGAAGGACCUGGAGAACAGGGUAGACCCGUGGUGCUGAGUGCCGCAGAAAGAAUAAACGAAGACCAGUUGUUUGCAGUGAAUGGAUUUAGUGGUGCGGUUAGUGAUAAAAUAUCACUAUACCGUUCUUUGAGAGACAUUCGCCAUCCGGAUUGCAAGCAUAAGAAAUAUCUGAAGAAUUUACCAAAGGUGAGUGUCAUAAUUCCGUUUUAUAAUGAACACUGGACUACAUUGCUUCGCACUAUAUAUGGAGUUUUGUGGAGGUCACCUCCAGAACUGAUACAAGAGAUCAUUCUGGUGGAUGAUUUCAGCACCAAAAAUCAUAAUAAAAAACCCUUGAGCGAUUACGUGAGAGAAAACUUCGAGAAGGUCAAAUUAAUUCGCAACUAUAAACGGGAGGGUUUGAUACGGUCCCGACUUCAAGGGGCUAAAACAGCAAAAGCUGAAGUAAUAGUGUUCCUCGAUUCUCAUGUGGAACCAUCUGUGAAUUGGCUUCCUCCUUUACUAGAACCAAUUGUGUUGAAUGAGAAAACUGUUGUAUGUCCGUUUAUUGAUGUUAUCGAUCACACCACGUUUUCACAGUUUGCUCAGGAUGAAGGAGCACGUGGAGCGUUUGACUGGAAACUUAACUACAAACGUUUACCACGUCUGAAGGGAGAUAAAAUAGAUCCCACUGAAACGUUUGAGAGCCCCGUGAUGGCCGGUGGGUUGUUUGCAAUGAAUAAAACAUGGUUUUGGACAUUAGGUGGUUACGACCCACAUCUGGAUAUUCGUGGAGCUGAACAGUUUGAAAUUUCGUUUAAGAUUUGGUUGUGUGGUGGUCAAAUACUAGACGCGCCUUGCUCAAGAGUUGCUCAUAUAUACCGCAAAUUUAUUCCUUAUUCUUCAAGCGUAAAAGCGUAUGGCGAUUAUCUAUCACGGAAUCACAAGAGGGUAGCUGAAGUCUGGAUGGAUGAAUAUAAGCAAUACGUUUAUAAAAUGGAACCGAGUUUUAAACGUGUGGAUGCAGGAAAUAUUUCGCAACAACUAGCUCUUCGCAAAAAGCUUCGUUGCAAAUCAUUCAGGUGGUUUCUUGAAGAAAUUGCUUUUGAUGUUGUUCAAUAUUAUCCGAUCGAUGAAGAAAAAUAGA